GAUUCCAUGUGUAUGUCUGCCGUGCCGUUCUCAUCUCACCUUUCUCCGGUACAAGUCACUUCCCAGUUGCUUCUGGCUUUGAUUGUGCUUCCCACCUUUGAAAAUUCGGUUCUCCUUGCUUUAAUUGUGCCCUGUUUCGCCUUCGUCUCGGCUGGCUCUUAUAUGGCCAUAGGACCAGCUGCAGCUGCAUACGGCAUGCUCUGUUUCUGCAUGGACAACCUCGCCGUCCGGCUCCCGUGCACGUUGCCGCCGGCAGCCGUGAUCCUUGCGCGCGCCGUCUGAUCGCCCGGGUGUUUGGAGCUGUUUCUGCGGCAGUGCCUGCGGGUCACCGCCAGCAAGGGCGAUGCCUCCUCACGCGCCUUCCUUCGAGAAGAGCUGCUCCGGCGACCGGCAAAGGCAGGAGGCAGGAGGGCAACUGCUGCGAGGCCCGGGGCAGCGGUCGGCGUCGUUCCACGGGCGCGGGGCGGAGCAGCGGCACCAGCUGCCAAAGCAGAGGCCCAAGACGCAGCCGGACCUGCUCGCCGGCGUGAGGGGCAGGAGCUUCCGCGCCGCGGACGGCGGCGAGCCGCUGGCGGAGCUGGCGGUCCGGAGGACGCCGAGCAAGGUGCUGGUGAACGUGACCGUGCAGAGGAGCCUGUGGCCGCUGCACGUCAUGGCGUCGGCGGAGUGGAGCGUGGCGGACCUCGUGGCCGCCUCCGUGGGGAUCUACGUCAAGGAGGGCAGGCGGCCCUUGCUGCCGGCGACCGACCCGUCGACCUUCGGCCUACACUACUCCCAGUUCAGCUUGGAAAGUUUGGACCCGAGGGAGAAGGUGAUGGAGCUAGGGUCCCGGAGCUUCUUCCUGUGCCCCAGGUCCUCUUCGGCCGCCGUCCAGACCUCCUCGUCCUCCUGCUCCUCCGCCGGAGCAAGCGGUGUCAGGAACGCCGGGGAGGCGCCUACGUCAGCGGGCGAACCGCCGGCCUGGCUGCGCUACAUGCCGUUCUGGCCGACCAUGUAGCGAGCGGGCACACUUCAUCAUCCAUGAUGAUCACUGCCCACCCUCGGUCCAUGUCUCGAAUUGGUUUGGCACGCAGAGCUUCAGGGGAUAAGACCGUAGCGUGCUGGUGCCUGAUAGUAUCUCGUUGUUUAGGCGGAAACGUCAUGAUCCACUCGGCUCAGCCACGCCAGAUUCAGAUAGUAGGAAAUAUCAGGUGCGUGAUUAGGACAGUUCCCGGGACCGUGCCCGGGCAAUUAAGAUUGUUAUAGACUACAGGAAGCAUGAUGUGUAAUUAUUGAAUUUUGUAUCUGAUUAUGGAUGCAAGUAGAGGAGAUUGACCGGCCAUGUAUGGACGGAUCACA